CUUCAGGCAAAGAAAAAAGCUGGUGCGAUGCGCCGCCCUCGCAACAACAGACGCUCUGGAGACGAAUUGGUCGGACACGACCAACCCCUCGGACGAUGCUGUAAUAAGGCAUGAUUUCUGGUCCCUCGCGUGACCUUCCGCUCCUUUCCUGUGAAACGCAACGAUCCGCCCGGCGCGUCCGCCACACGCGUCUUCGCCGACCUGCCGACACCAACCAGCGCCGCCGAGAUGGCCGGAGUACGGCGGAUCAUGAUGGUCAGCCUCGGCAACCCCGGGCUGAAGUACAGCCUCACAUAUCACUCGGCCGGCCAUAGGGUGCUUGGGGACAUCGUCUCCCAUCUCGGUCCUCAUCAACCGGCCUUCUCCGAAAGCACAGUUGGGGGGCUAGCGACGCUGUCGUCCGUCGGCCCGCGAUACUCGCUGUUCCAAAGCCCCGUGCUCAUGAACAUCUCCGGGCCGUGGGUUGCGAAGGCCUACAAGAAAGUGCUCUCCGACCACCAGCUCAUGCCCGCGGAGCUCGGCUUCAUCCUCGUGCACGACGACAUGGAGCUGGACUUUGGCAUGGUCAAGAUCCGGGAGUGGGACCGCAGCGCCCGCGGGCAUAACGGAGUCAAGAGCGUGAAGGACGCACUGAAGGCGGGCUCGGCGGGCAAGUGGGCGCGGGUCUCGGUGGGGAUCGGCCGGCCGGAGGCGAGAGACAGGGAGAGCGUGACGGACUUUGUGCUGAGCAAGAUGUCCUCGAAGCACGACGCCAUGCUGCGGAAGAACGGCACUGCGGGGCUUGCCUCCGCGCUCGGCGACCUGGAAGGGAAGUGGGGGUUCUCGGCCUGAAGCGAGCAAAGCCGCUGAGACUGGUCGAACACUGGCCCUCGAAUGCCUGAUAACAAUUCACGAUAAUAAUACCAGCGAUACCCCUUUCCACUC